AAAAACAUGCCAUCUGCACUUGCUUUCAUGCUACUUGUUCUCAGCAUUAGCCUCCUGAAUGUUGAACCAGAGCCUCCUCGGAACCUAACUUUAGAAGUAAAACAAUUAAAAGACAAAAAAACAUACCUGUGGGUAAAAUGGUCUCCACCCACCAUAACUGAUGUAAAAACUGGUUGGUUUACAAUGGAAUAUGAAAUUCGAUUAAAGUCUGAAGAAGCAGAAGAGUGGGAGAUCCAUUUUACAGGUCAUCAAACACAAUUUAAGGUUUUUGACUUAUAUCCAGGACAAAAGUAUCUUGUCCAGACACGCUGCAAGCCAGACCAUGGAUAUUGGAGUAGAUGGAGUCAGGAGAAAUCCAUUGAAAUACCAAAUGACUUCACCUUGAAAGACACAACUGUGUGGAUCAUUGUGGCCGUUCUCUCUGCUGUCAUCUGUUUGAUUAUGGUCUGGGCAGUGGCUUUGAAGGGCUAUAGCAUGAUGACCUGCAUCUUUCCACCAGUUCCUGGGCCAAAAAUAAAAGGAUUUGAUACUCAUCUACUAGAGAAGGGCAAGUCUGAAGAACUGCUGAGUGCCUUGGGGUGCCAAGACUUUCCCCCCACUUCUGACUGUGAGGACUUGCUGGUGGAGUUCUUGGAAGUAGAUGACAAUGAGGAUGAGAGGCUAAUGCCAGCCAAUUCCAAAGAGCAUCCAGGCCAAGGUGUUAAACCCACACACCUAGAUCCCGACAGUGACUCUGGUCACGGAAGCUAUGACAGCCAUUCUCUUUUGUCUGAAAAGUGUGAGGAGCCCCAGGCCUACCCCGCUACCUUGCACAUCCCUGAGAUCAUUGAGAAGCCAGAGAAUCCUGAGGCAAAUAUUCCUCCCAUACCAGACCCCCAAAGCACCACCCCCAAUUCUCAUGCAGAUGCAUCCAAAUCCUCGACAUGGCCUUUACCACCCGGCCAACACAUGCCCAGAUCUCCUUACCACAGCAUUGCUGAUGUGUGCAAGCUAGCUGGAAGUCCUGUGGAUACACUGGACUCUUUCUUGGACAAAGCAGGGGAAAAUGUUCUAAAGUCGUCUAAAGCCCUUGAGACUGGAGCGGAAGAAAUGGCUGUGCAAGAAGGGGCAAAAAUCUUUCCUUCUGACAAACAAAGCACACCUUGGCCGAUGCUCCAGGAGAAAGGCCCCACUCUCUAUGCUAAACCCCCAGAUUAUGUGGAGAUUCACAAAGUCAACAAAGAUGGAAUGCUAUCAUUAUUCCCCAAGCAGAGAGAAAACAACCAGACAGAAAACCCCGGGGUUCCUGAAACCAGUAAGGAGUAUGCCAAGGUGUCUGGGGUUACGGAUAACAACAUCCUGGUGUUAGUGCCAGACUCACGAGCCCAGAACACAGCGUUGUUCAGGGAAUCAGCCAAGAAGGCUCCGCCAUCGCUUGAACAGAACCAAUCUGAGAAAGAUCUGGCCAGCUUUGCUGCAACCUCAAGCAACUGCAGACUCCAAGUAGGCAGGCUGGAUUACCUGGACCCUACAUGCUUCAUGCACUCCUUUCACUGAUAGCUAGACUUAUGGACUAGUUGGGUAAAAUGUGAUUUCUCUUCAGGUAACACUACAGAGUCAUGAAAUAAUGUGGUCUGCUAGCAAAUGUUACAGGAUGUGGGUAUAAAAAGAAAAAAAAAAACAAAGAAAAAAAAAAGAAAAACACUACUUCACUCCUUCUCACGCUUGUGUUCAGCACUUGCUUCCUUUCAACAGCUGAUCUCCAGAACAAAUCAACUUGUUUCCUGUGAUUUGUAGAUUUGCUCUUUGCAUAUAUAUAUUCAAUUAAAUAAAAGCACAUCACUUACUAUUCUUGAGGGAUGGUGCCAACAGGUAUAGCCUCUGCAAUAGAUUUGUCAUCUGACAGAAAGUAUGAAAUAGUCAAAAUGAUCUAGCACAAGAAGAUGACAGAUAGGUUGAAAAUACCAUGAAAAUCACUCUAAGACCUGAUGGCUAAGCCUUUACACUCCUCUUUCAUUUUCAUGAUGAUGGUCCAGCUAUUGCACUUUUUGGAAAGAAUACAUUCUAGGACACCAGCCAAAUUGUUUACAUCAGUCCUUAUACCUUAAUGACCCAUUGCUUGUAUGCAAAUGGUAUCAUGCCCCCAAUGUUUUCUUAAGGUGAUUUGAAUAUGUUAAGUAUGGGUUAUUCUGCUAAAACUUUAUUUUAUUCUAAGGCUUCUCAAGUGUAUAGUUUGGGGAAAUAAAAUUUUCAUACAAAUAAGGCCAAUGAAUUCCACAUAGUGAACCAUUUCAAAUGUUUUCCUUGCUUCAUUUGAGUAGGAGAUGUUAUAAACCCUACUAUUUUCUUAGUAGAAAAAAAAAAUCCCAAAGACUAACUUUAAUCUAAAAGGUAAUCAUUGCAGGACACUAAUAGAAGUGUUGCCUUACUGUACAUACGAUUCUACUUUAAUACAAACCCGUAAGUCUAGCAAUGUAUUUUUGAAGACUAUUUUUCUAUCACUUAGGUAAAGUAAAGACUAUUUUCUAAAUUCCCAGUACUGAUGUUUACGUAGUCAAGUGAGUAGGGUGAUUUCUGCUGCAAGGUUACAGUGAGUAUUCAAAGUUUAUCAGGAUAUGCAGUCCCUAUUAGACUGAAGUGCCAGGCAACCCAUUGCCCAUUGAGGAAUGCAAAGUAGAUGAAAACCUCAAUUGACUACAACAGAGUAAGGUUUAUCUGAUUAUUUUUAUCCCUAAGAUAAAAUAAUAACAGUAAUCAUCACUGACUUUGGGUUUUAGGGCUUUCUAUAGACCUAACAUAUUUCUCCCAUGAGCUUAGGCCAUCUGCCCACCUAUGGGUGAGUCUCAAAGCACCAUGAACAAGGGCAGUGAUGACUACUGAGGGUUUCCAAGACAGAGAUCUGACUCUGUUUUGUUUACUUUUACCUGAGCAAUCCUGAACACAAAAGGAUUUUAAGGAAAGCCAAAUGUCAGCAUCUCCUUGGAAUACAUGCAUUUGCAAGAUCUUGGCAGAGGCUGUCCUCACGUCACACAUGUCCAGAUAAAAGUUUGAGGAAAGCAACCAUCUGCCCAGUGAUAACAGUUUUAAAGGUCAAGGGAUGGUAGAGUCUUCAAGCCAACUCCAAGGGCAGGCUUCCUGAGAAGGUUGAAAGCAAAGCCUUGGAUCUCCAUUUAACAAUAGCAUCUAUGACUCACUCUCCCUCUGCUUUUCACCUAUUGGCAAAUCAGUUCUCUUCUUUCACCAACUGGAUAUAGAGACUCUGAACUCACCUCUUGUGAUUUCAUCAUUUCAUCCAACAUGCACAUUGUGGUAGAAGCAGUACUCAGAGAUUCUCUGAUGAUGGAAAGGAAGCAUAGAACCAAUGCUACCAGAACUAUGAAUGCAAGCAGUCAAAGCUUAUGUUCCUAAUAUAUAAAAUAUCUUGUGAACAACAGAAGCAUUUGGGAAAGUUGUCCAGGCUCAUGCAAUAUCAAGAAUCCUCCCUACUGAAUGUCUGAGGACCAACUGCAUCUUCGAAGACAUACAGAACUGGAAUCUGACUUUUACUUCAUUUACUAGGCUCCCAGCAUGCUCAAACUGGAGAAGCAUUUUUCUCUAUGAUCAUUUUCAUGAAAAGUUAUUUUUCCCUCUCUUGGAAAGUAUGGAGCAAGUUUAUUAAUUUGAAAUGAGCAACACUGUAUGUAAAGAGAAAACAAAAUCAAAACUCAGUGAUUUAAAAUUCACAUAGUAAUGAAGCUUAUAUAAAGUCACACAAGACAAUGACAUGCUAAAUAGGCACAACCUCUAAGAUGGUCAGUGAACCUAAUUCACCUGGAAAGCUGCUGACAAAGAAAAUAAAUGCCAAAGCCUUGCAGACUAAACUUUCUUUGCCAACACAUUCUAUCCUUCUCCAGGAGAUAAAUAAAUGCACCUACUUACAAAUCACCACUAUAAACUGAUAGUGCAUAUAUUGCUCGAAAUGUCUAAAAAUCAGCUUUAGAUAUGUAAUUUUGCAAAUGUGGAAAAUACAGCUGUCUAAAGUCAAGUUACAUUCCACAAAAAUAAAUUAGCAUUCAUGGAAGAAAAUCAAAUCUAUAUAGUUCUGUUAAUUUAUUAGAAUUUUUGUGGCCAAAUAUUUUCUAUUGAAAGACAGCUGCUUGGAUGAAAGAAGAAAUACUAGGAGUCAAAGACACCUGGGUUCUAGUCCUGUUUUGCCUUGGAAAGACCAAUUAGCUAUUCUAGUUUUCUUUGUGUUAGACCAAUAUUCUCUACAGCCUUUUGAAAUUCAGCCUUCUUGAUUCUAUGACUUGAUGAAUAAUCAAAACCAAUCCCUUGCAUCAUAGUGAAGUUUUCAGGCAGUUAUAAAAAUAUAGAGCACCUUCAUUCAUAUGUUCAUCCUGCCUUGCUCUUUAAAGUCUCAGCACCCAUUUGUCACAUACUGAUCGCGUAUUCCAUAUUAUAUGGACACAGUGUAAGUCAGACUCCAGGGUGAUGUGCAGAUAUGUGUGCUGAGGUAAGAUGUAGUGCUAAGAAAGACACAGGAAGUGAGACACGAGUCUUUAUAAAAAGUACGCUUUACGCUUGAGGCCAUGCUCACUCCUGCAUGGAGCCAACAGCCUCAAACCACUGUUCUUGUAUUUGGUUGUUCCCUGUUUUCUCAUCAUCCUGUUUAAUGAAUAACUAUUGCCCAUGUAGCUUAAAGAACCUUUUGCUCUGAAUCAUUUUUUAAAAUGUAUAGUUUUCUAAGCAACUAUCUAAAAAUUUCAAGUUAUGAAGUACAUGGAAACUGAAUACAUUCAUUUGGAUGAUUGAUGGAACUUUCGGACACAAAUGGCAAAAUGUUCUCUGAUAAGUUUUAACAAGUACAUAUAAGGAACUUCAAUAUGAGCACAACUUACCAUCAGCAAUGUCUCUGACUUUUAAUAGAUGAUACAUUCUCCUAAGUGCCUGAGACCAAUCCUGGUAGUCAGUUAUAGGUCAAUGAUUCACUCUAAACCUGUUUGGUGGGGAACAGUCAAGCCCUGUUGCAUGUGUAAAAUUAAAGCCGGGAGACUCUUUACUUGAUCCAAGGUGAAUCCUCAGUCAAUGAACAACCAAAGGACCUGAACUCCAGGGGAAAGUUUGUCCUGAUGGAAAACUAGCUUCUUCAUUUUUUUUUUUUUUAGCUUUAGCUGCCCAUCAUUUGUAAAAUGACUCAGCUUACCCUUAGCAACUUCAAUUUAGCAUAGACAAGAAAGAAAGAGAUCUGUAUACGUUUUACAAAGUGCCUUUCUUUGUUUUUAAAAAGGUUUCAUAUUGGAAGAAAAGUACAUUAAUUGGAAAGCAAAUUUGAUCUUAAAUGGAUUUCUUUUAAAUAAAUGGAGAGAUUAACAAAAAAUGGGGAGAUUACAAAUAUUCUAAAGACUAACCAACAAAAUGUGCAGGGGUUUUUGUGUAUAGUUUAAUUGAAUCAUCAGAGAACUGAAGUGAAUAGUAUCAAUCACUUUUCCUGAGUCUGAGCAUGAUUGGAGCCUGUAAUUCAAGACUUUCCAUUCUGAAAAAAAAAUACUGAUUCAUUCUUGAAUGACACUGAAUUAUAUGCGUGGCCCCAAAGAGGCCAAGGUGUGCACUUUGAAGUAUUGCACACAUACAGAAAAAUAAUAAUCACCUUGAAUAUCUAUCCUGUGACUUGCUAUGGAUAAAAAUUUCAUAUAUACAUCAUCAAGCAAGGUUUCUUUUCUGUCUUUUUUGGCUCAAGCACAAUACUGAUUCUGGUAGGAGAGUCUCUGAGCCCUCAGUGUCUAGCUCUGGGUCAUAUCACUGCUACUAAAUAGGCUGCAAGACCUUGAUUUUUUUUAAUUCUGACCAAUGGUUUCCCCUCUUUUAAAUAAAUAGGUUGACCCUCUCAAAAAAAAUAAAGUUCCUACAAUUUCUUCUAGGUCUGUCUUUAAUUCUCAUGAUUUAUGUAAAAUCUAAGAUUAUAAGUGAAAGGCCCAAGGGCCAUGGCCAACAUGCCCCUAACUUAGACAGUAAAUGCCUGAAACUGAGUGAAAAAAAUGCUUAACUGAAAACUGAGAUCCAUGUCUCCAAAUCAGGUAGACCAGAACUCUUGCAAUUCUGCCUCCUUACCAUUUCUACAUUCUUAGAGCCUUUUCAGCUCCUCUUUCCAGGGCCUGCUAUUCUCCCUAAAGAUUAAUUAUGCAGAACAGUAAAAUUGGGUCUAUAGGAAUAAAAUUACCCAUAAACAAUGAUUUGACUCUACAUAAAUGAACCUAUGGUUAACUCUCCACACAGACCCAAACCUAAAUUGAGGUCAUAAAUAAUGCUUCAUUUUGACAUGUACAUGUUUUAAGAUUCAAGCCAGCAAUUCAUUAUCUAAUAAAUCUGGGCUAUCUUGAUGAGUAGAUGUUGACUGUCUUAAAAAGAAACUUUAAAAAAAUAUAGACUGUUUUCUUCAGAGUUUAUGAUGUAACAAAAAAAAUCUACUUAUACUUAUAGUCCUUCCCUAUGAAUAAUAGGUGUUAUCUGUGAAUCAAUGGAAAUUUUCCUCUCAGAGUUUUGUUUUCCAAAAAGAUAACUUUAGUUUUGAUCUCUGUAUGUAUCAAUUUCCAAUGGAGAGAAAAGGUAAAAAACAGAAAGUUCCAAAGUGUGGGGCAUAUCAGAACCCACAAAUGGGGUAUCCAGUCACUCAGAUCUUACUGGAAAUGGUAAAUCUACAUGUAAUUAUGAGUGAAUUGCAGAGAGGUAAACAUAACUAAUAAGACCAUAGGCUAGCAGCAGUUCUGUUCACACCAAUUCCUUCUAUCUCAAGUUAUAAAGCAUUGAGACACAUAGAGCAGAAAGGCAACCAUCUAUACAGUCUGGUCAAUGAGUAAAGGACUCACAAAUAAUCUUAGCAUGCUGAUUAAUAUUUACCUACUACUGUUUAAAAAGAGAAGAAAUUCUAAACAACUGUUGUGACUAAAACAGUACUAUCAAGCAUAAACUUUAUUAGUUAUGGUCAAGUUAUGCCCCCUUGGAUAUACUUCAAAAUACAGGCUUGAUUUUUCUGUGCACAUUUUGCAAAUUUGGGGUGGGUGACAGCCUUUUUAUCACAUUCUCUAAAAUGAAAACAAUAAAAAAGAAAUUAUUAGAAAAAAAUACCUCUGAAAAUCAUUUGUUUUACUAAAUUCCUGAGAAACAGAUUUUGAAUUUUUAAAACUACCUCCCUUCCACAUCCUAAUGACCUUCCUUCAAAGCUGCUUAGAGUUAGAAAUGAAAGAUACCACAUUUUAUGUUUGGACUGGUGUUGAUGGAAUAUUUGAUAUACUAUUCAUGUGACACUCCUAAGUCUAAAGUAUGUUAUUUUACACUAUUUUGCUUUUUUGUGAUUCAAAACCCAUAUAUGCCAUAUUGAAAUAUAUAAUUCUCUUGUUGUAAAAUUUAUCAUGUAAUACAAGUAAAAUUAUUAUUUAAUGACUUAUGAUCUAACCAUAUCUAAUUUCAAUAUAAUUAUGUCUAUGUCUGUAAAGCAAAACUAAAUAUGUGUAAUCAUGUAUGUAAUCAUAUAUUUCUGUUGAAACUGUGAACGUACUGAUUUUCCCUUUAAUUUCUGUCUACAAGUGAUAGUGUAUGUCAUUGUAUAACUUACUUGGGGUACUAAUAUGUUUAAAGUACAAUCCACCAAUUAUUGAAAUGUCAACCCUUUGCUUGGCUUCUUGUAAUCCCCGAGUGUUCUUUGCACCUUGAGACUUGCUUUUGUGCUUUGUGCUCUGUCAUUACUUUAAACAAUGUAAGAGUCUCUUGUAUAAACCAAAGUAAUUAGCUCACUGAGUGAUCAUGCCUUCUGUAAAGCCAUAUUGAAGCAAAGACUCCGCUGUAGCAUAAGGCUCCCUGUUUCCAGAGCUGCCACUACCUCGCUCCUGCUCUUUCCCUUCAAAUUGCCAAACAAAGUUUAACCUUAAGUGGAAAAUUAAAAGUGAUUGCUAUUGUUGUCAUUUUUAACCUGAUAAUAAACCUUCUAAUUCAUUAAUUUGCAGAUUUAUGCUAGCUUUUAUGAAUAACCAUUUUUACAUUUUGAUAUUUUGUAGAUAUUGGCUGAUGAGUAAAGUACAGAAAGACCACACACAAAGUCAUCAGAUUUUUAAAAAAAAUCAUAGAGUGCAAGUAUUUUUCCUAUCAAUGAGUCACCUCAAAUUGGUUGGCCAAAGCAAUUAUAACUUGGGUCACUCUACUUAAAAUACCCAACUCAGUGCCUGGCUCAAAGAUGUUUAUGCUCUUUGCCUCCCUUGGUUCUAAUUUUUGUUGCUGUUGUUUGAAAUGCAAAUGAACAGAAUUACUUGGAUGUGUAUGAAGUGAUUUUUUUCUAAUUUUUUGCUGCCAGAUCUGUAAUCAUAAAUUUGCAAUUUAAUUUCCCCAAACUCCCAAGAAUUAAAUAUUCUCUUUAUUUGAUUUUAAUCAUCAAAUAUAUUGUGGUAUUGGAAGAAUCAGCCAUUUAUCAGAAAAAAAAUCUUGUUUUGAACUUAAGACUCACUUCUAUGUGUCACUACUGUGAUAUCGACUUUUUUCUUUUAGCACUAAAGGGUGAUAUGAUACUAAACUCAUGAUUUAUCCUCCUACCUUUUUCACUCUGCAAAUCUUGGGUUAUUGCACAUUGUACUUCCUAGUUUUUAUGAAUUUAUUCAUUUGUCUCCACCCACUUUGUAAGGACAACAUGGACAAUUAAAUCUUUGUCAAUUAUAUGAAGAUUAUGCUAAUUUCUCUCACAUUUUUACUGCAUGCUAAAAAUAAUGCUUGCCAACUGGAAUCUUAGACAUUCCAGAAUAAUAUGGUCACUACAUUUCUAUUUCUGUCAUUAUUGAAAAUACCCAGCUCAGUGCCUGGCUCAAUAAAUGUUUGUUUCCCUUGCU